GUUCAGCAACUCAAAAACCUUCAGAAAAGUAUAUUUUGGUUCUUUUGGCAAAAAUUUUGUGACCAGUGACUUAAACUUUGAAUUAAGUUUAGUUUCUCUUUAGCUUAUUAAAUGAAACUAUAGAUAUCUCGAGCAAUAAAAGAGAUAUCGGAAAAAUUUUAACAGUUUUUGAAAGAAGAAUAUCUGUUCUUAUAAUAACCACUACAAAUUUGCUUAAAAUGAACUAUCCCACAUAAAAACAGAACCUCGAAAACAGUCAAAAUGACGUUUUUUAGCAUUUUAUAACGGCAAUAUUUCAAAAACGGAGGCCAAUCAAAUUUUUCUGACUUCAGAUUCGGAUUCAGCACCCCAAAAACUACUAGAAAAGUAUAUUUUGGUUCUUGUGGCAAAAAAAAAGUUAAAUUUUGUUGACCAGUGUAAUGGUACGAACUUUCAAGGAGCAGCUCGAGUUUUAUCAGAAAUGUACAAAUUGGUGCAAUCUCACAACAAGAAGGUCGUAGAAAUGUUGGCUGGCGAAAACAUUGAUUGGCAAUUUAUCCCUCCGCAUAGUCCUCACUUUGGUGGACUUUGGGAAGCGGUGGUUAAAUUAGUAAAACAACAUCUUCGGCGCGUCGUUGGCGAUAGUGUCCUUAACUUUGAAGAAAUGUGUACCUUGUUAGCCCAAAUCGAAGCCCUUUUGAACUCUAGACCCCUUUGUGCUUCUUCCGAUUCAGAUCUUGAUCCAUUAACGCCUUCUCGUUUCCUUAUAGGUAGACCUUAUACGGCGAUACCCGAGCCAAGUUUUUUGGAAACACCUAUCAACCGAUUGGGAAGAUGGGAUCUACUACAAAACAUGAUGCAAGGUUUCUGGCAAAGGUGGCAACCCGAUUACCUCACAUCUUUGCAGCAGCGCCCAAAAUGGAGAGAAGCCAAAAGAGAUUUUGAAGUUGGUGACCUAGUCAUUCUAAAAGAACCAAAUCUUCCACCUUCUCAAUGGCUUCUUGAAAGAGUUACCGAAGUUCAUCCAGGUGAAGAUGGACACGUACGAGUGGUUACAUUGCGCACCAAACGUGGCACUUUCAUGCGCCCCGUAACCAAACUUGCCCUCUUGCCAUGUCCUGAAAUUCCUUCAGCGGUGGCGGCAUGUUGAGGAACGCAGCAGUUAUUGUUUAUGUAUUUAUUUUUUGUUUUGAGUUAAAUAAUUUUCUAUUUACAUUUAAUUAAUUUAUUUUCAAUUAGUUUUCAAUUUAAUUUAUAAUUUCAUUUUCAUUUAAUUUCUUACAACAUAUUAAUUUUUUCUACAAUUGCCAAACAUUUUUGCAUUACCCUAUGGUAUGUUUCCUAUGUCGGUUUUUGUUUGUAAUAUCAUUGGUUUUGUUAAAUGAGUUAAUCCUCUUAUCUUUGGUCUCAUCAUAAGCAUUGUAUUUUUUUGUGUAUUCAUUGCAAAUGCAGUGCAUACACAUUUGCUGAAACCGUUGGUCAUUGGAAAAACAAAUCACCGCAAUGUGAAUGCAGAUCAAUGCUAAUGGUGACGUGUGCAAUGGUUUUAGCAAAUGUGUAUGUACCAUAUGAGUGAUAAGAGUUUUACUCUUUCACUUUCUUAGCAACUACCAAACCAGCCGGUCGAUUUUGCAUAGGGAAUAUUCCUAUGGAUUUUUGUUUGUAAAUUAAUUGAUUUGUUUAGUUUGAUUUGUUGUUUAAUUAAAAGAUUAAAUUAUAACGUUUUGAAAUAUUUUGCGUUUGUCUUUAAUUUCAAUCAUUCUAAAACAACACUUUUUUGAAUUAUCUAACCGUUUAGUAGAUAUUUGAGGUCCAAAAAUCGAGAAAAUCUUUAAAAAUUCGUUUUUUGUUCUUAAUUUUGUAACAAAUUGAAAAAUUAUAAUAAUCAAACGCGCAUGACAUAUUAUUGUAGGAAACAGAUUGCUCUACAAAAAAGGUCUACAAAAACUACAAAAUAAGGCAAUGAGGAUUAUUUUAAAAUGUGCACGGCUUACUCACAUAAAAGAUAUGUUAGAAAGGCUUAACUGGCUAAAUAUUACGCAGCUUAUUAAAUUAAAUGUCUUAUUAUUUGUGUUUAAAAUGAAAAAUGAUAUGCUACCAAGCUAUUUAUGCAAUAACUUAAAAUAUAUCAGUGAUUCUCAACUCUAUAAUCUAAGAAGCGCUCAAAAUCUUAGACUUCAAUAUAAAGCAACUUCGCGCGCGCAGAACACAAUGAUGUUUAAAGGACUACAGUUAUAUAAUAAUAUACCAAGUAAAAUUAAAUCAUUAAAUACUUUACAAAAUUAUAAAAGAGAAGUGAUAAAAUAUUUAAAAUCAGACAAUGUAUGAGAACUAAUAAAUCAUAAAUGAACAAAAUGGCUUUUUAGCCAAAACAAAGCUCUUAAGGACUUUGCACAUGAGAGCGACCAACGAAUGAACGAAUGGACGAACAAACGAGAUUUAACACAUUUCUACGACUCAAUUUCAAACAAAAAAUGAUUCAAAUUAUAAGAAACCAAUUGAUACUAAUGUUAAAAUUUGCAUUUUGUUUGCUGAAAUAAGAAAAAUUUGUAAAAACAAUUUGGUAGUUACGAAUUGCAGUUUGGUUGCUACGAAUUGUCAAACUCUAUUCGCGUUCCACAUACCAUCCACACUACAACGAAUAAAUUGUUCGCGCGCGACUUAACCUCAAAAUUACUCUUGUUUUUGUUUUCUAUUCUGGUCAUGGCUGCGGAGAACAUGAACCCAAUUGACAAUUCGUCGCUGUCUGCGAAUUGUCAUGUGAAAGAUAUGUCAAAAUAUGCGACCUUCCACAGUUCGCAGUUCGUAGUUCGUAGCUCAUGUGCAAAGUCCUUUACACUCUUAAACCUCUUAUUUAUUUUUU